UGUUACUUUCACUUUUUCAGAAACGGAGAUAGUAUAUCCGUGGCGUAUUGUCCUAGUAUUGUUACACGAGAUGGUCGUAUUUACUUCGUCCCAUAUACGUAUAGUGAUUCAAAAAAAAAUAGAGAUUUUAUACAAAGAUAAUAGCAUCUUCUCGCCUGAACGGAUAUUGAUGACAGACAAAGCAUGAAUAUCAGAAAACUACUACCCUCAUCCCAUCAAUACCAUCAGAUCAUAUCUCUAGUUAAAUUCACAACCAAAUCGAUGACAAACCCACGGACUUUACAAAUCAAACAGCAAGUUUUAUCAACAAACCUUAUUAUAUCUUACGGUAGAAAAGGUUUACUUAGACAAGCACGUACAUUGUUUGAUGAAAUGCCUGAUAGUGAUGUAGUUUCAUGGACGGCUAUGAUUAAUGCAUAUGCAUCUUGCUAUGAAUAUAUUCAAGCAUGGUUAGUUUUUAUUGAGAUGAUUAAGGAAGGAAUUAACCCAAAUGGCUAUACAGUUUCAAGCAUUUUGAAAGUUUGCAGAGAAUUAGAAUGUUGUUAUCGUGGGAGGAUGGUUCAUGGUUUAGCUAUUAAGUGCAGUAUUGAUGGAUGUAUGUAUGUUGAAAAUGUACUCUUGGAUAUGUAUGCUACAUGUAGUCAUAACAUGAAUUAUGCAUGCAUGGUAUUUCAAGGGAUUAAAGUGGAAAAUGUUGUUGGAUGGACUACUAUGAUUGCUAGGUUUACUGAUAGAGGAGAUGGCUUGACUGGCCUUCGAAUUUUUCAACAAAUGUUGAAGCAGGAGGAAGUAGAACUGAGCCCAUAUAGUUGUUCAAUAGCAAUCAGAGCUUGUGCUUCAGUUAAGAUGAAAAAGUUAGGCAAGCAGAUGCAUGCAGCCGUUGUCAAAUACGGAUUCAGUUCAAGUCUCCCUGUCGGUAAUUCUUUAGUAGACAUGUACUGUAAAUGCAAUUGCUUAUCUGAAGCAUACACACACUUUCUUGAUAUGCGGGCACGAGAUUUGAUAACGUGGAACACAUUGAUUGCCGGGUAUGAAAGAUGUGGAUCUUUACGGUCUCUUCAUUUGUUUCCUCAGAUGGUUUCACAAGGUUUGAACCCAAAUUGCUUUACAUUUACAACUGCUGCAGCUGCUUGUGCUAAUUUAGCAUCUUGGAAUUGCGGGCAACAAAUCCAUGGUGGAAUUCUUCAGAGAGGCCUAGAAACCAAUAUAGCUCUUGCUAAUGCGCUAAUAGAUAUGUACGCGAAAUGUGGAAAUCUGAAAGAUUCUUGUAGGGUUUUCACUGAGAUGCCCAGAAGAAAUCUCAUUUCCUGGACUUCAAUGAUGAACGGAUACGGGUCUCAUGGUUAUGCAAAUGAAGCUAUUGGACUGUUUGAUAAAAUGGUCAAGUCAGGUGUAAAACCAGAUCAGGUUGUGUUCCUGGGUAUUUUAAGUGCUUGUAGCCACUCAGGACUUGUGGACGAAGGUUUGAAGUAUUUCAAGUCAAUGGUUACUGAUUAUUCCAUUAAACCAAACCAGGAGAUUUACGGGUGUGUUGUGGAUCUUCUUGGACGUGCGGGCAGAGUUAAAGAGGCCUACCAACUGAUUCGAAAAAUGCCGUUCAAACCCGAUGAGUCAGUUUGGGGUGCACUUCUUGGAGCUUGUAAAGCUCAUGGAACUUCAUAUUUGGGAGGAUUAGCUGGUAAGAAAAUAUUGGACUUGAGGCCAAAUGGGACUGAAACAUACGUAUUACUGUCAAAUAUCUACGCUGCUGAUGGAAAUUGGGAAGAAUUUGCGAAAAUGAGGAAACUAAUGAGAGGAAUGGGAAUGAACAAAAAAGAAGCAGCUAGGAGUUGGAUAGAAGUGAGAAAUCAAGUUUAUAGUUUCUUUGUUGGUGAUAAAAUGAGUUGCGAAGACAUUGAAUUGGUUUAUGCAGAGUUAGAAAGUCUUGCUCAGCAUAUGAAUGGAUCGUGUGAAGUUUCAAUGGAAGAUCACUUAUUGUACGAUAUGCAAGACGGAACUUGAAUAAAAGCCAUCAUAAGAAAGCUCUGCAUACUUGGAGAUAAUCUAGAAGAUAUGUUUCAGUCAUUUCGUCCCUAACUUUUACCAGCAUACAAGGAGCCACUCUAAAGAUCAACCGAGUUCGAGAAAAACUAGAAGACUGAUUAAUCAUUUUGUCUCUGAAUCAAAGAUGAUUUAUGCAGUAGAAUUCAAGUUCCGUAUAUACUGCGAAUACUGAAUUGCUGAAGUCGAAAAAUGUACGUUGAAAGAAAAUUACCUGGGCGAGAACCCAUAUUACUGAUUCUUGUGUAUGAAAUUUCUGGCAUGA